AGACUGCGUUGGAUUUGCUAUCUGACAGAAACUGAGUCGUGAUCAUCCGGUGGAGCCGUGGGUGGAGAGCCUCGCUGUUUACCUUCCCCUUCGCUGAGAUUACCGUCGUGCCAGCUUGCUGAGAGGCUUUACGGACGACUGAUGCUGGCCGUGUCGGGGGGAUAACGUCCGCUAACGUCGCUUGUUCGCCGACGUGUUCGUGAGCACCGGGGAUGUCGCCCGAUUGUUUCGCCGAACAAGAACCCCGACGUCGUUCGCCCAGGCUAGGCUAACAGCAGCGCGACGGGACGGGCGGGGGUGGAUUUCAGUAUCUCGGCCCUCGGGAAGCGAACAUAAAUAACCUCAGUCAGGGGUGUGAUGUGGAACAAUGACGAGCACAGCAAGCGGGUCUGACGGGGCCGAGGGGCGGACGCGUCGGGGGCUGAGUAUCGGUUGAACGGAGCGGUGUCGCGUCAGUUCGGCUAAGCGAAGCUAGUCGGUUUAGCCAGUCGUCCGAUCAAGGAAGUCGACCAGCCGCCUCGCUAACCCAGCGACACAUGCAUUACUGGACCAAGGGUCGCCUCAAACGUCUGCGUUAACUGGGUGGAGAGUCGGGUUGGCUACACAGCUGGGGCGAACUACCGUCGGCUGGUUUACCGCUAGCGUCUUGUAAACAAAGGGUCCCGAGCUCCACCUGUCCCAGACACGUGACCCCUCGAGCCCCCGUGCACCGGUUGUGGUUGCCUUUUUCCCCUCCUUUUUUUUUUUUUUAACAGUGAACCUAACCCCCCCCCUUAACAUGGAUUUAAAGACGGCGGUGUUCAACGCAGCCCGGGACGGGAAGCUGCGGCUGCUGCAGAAGCUGCUGGAGAACAAAGAUGGACACGAGGUGACCAAGAUGAUGGGCGAGAAGACCAACGGGGCCACUCCGCUGCUCAUGGCCUCCCGGUACGGACACCUGGACCUGGUGGAGUACCUGCUGGAGUGCUGCAGCGCUCCCGUGGAGGUGGGCGGCUCGGUCAACUUUGACGGGGAGACCAUCGAGGGGGCGCCGCCUCUGUGGGCAGCCUCGGCGGCGGGUCACUUGAAGGUGGUCCAGUCCCUGCUGGGCCACGGAGCUUCUGUCAACAGCACCACCCUGACCAACUCCACCCCUCUGAGAGCGGCGUGCUUCGACGGCCACCUGGACAUUGUGAAGUACCUGGUGGAGCACAAGGCAGACCUGGAGGUGGCCAACAGACACGGGCACACGUGUCUCAUGAUCUCCUGCUACAAAGGACACAAGGAGAUCGCACAGUACCUGCUGGAGAGAGGAGCAGAUGUCAACAGGAAAAGUGUAAAAGGCAACACAGCGCUUCAUGACUGUGCAGAGUCGGGCAGUCUUGAGAUCAUGAGGAUGUUACUGCAGUUUGGAGCAUCCAUGGAGCAGGACGGUUACGGCAUGACGCCUCUGCUGUCUGCGAGCGUCACAGGCCACACUAACAUCGUAGACGACCUCACGACGCACCAACAGACAAGCCACACAGAGCGCAUCGAUGCCCUGGAGCUCUUGGGAGCCACAUUUGUAGACAAGAAGAGAGAUCUGCUCGGAGCAUUAAAAUACUGGAAGAGAGCCAUGGACCUCAGGUACCUGGACAGUAACAACAUUGUCCAUAAACCAGAAGCCAAGCAGCUGAUCAUGGCAUACGACUACGCCAGGGAGGUAACAAACGGAGAGGAGCUGGAUGGGCUGAUAUCUGACCCAGAUGAGAUGCGCAUGCAGGCACUGCUCAUCCGUGAAAGAAUCCUCGGCCCACAACAUCCAGACACGUCUUAUUACAUCCGUUACCGAGGUGCCGUCUACGCUGACUCUGGGAACUUUGAGCGCUGUAUCAAUCUGUGGAAGUAUGCAUUGGACAUGCAGCAGAGCAACCUGGACCCCCUCAGCCCCAUGACAGCCUCCAGCCUGCUGUCGUUCGCUGAGCUCUUCUCCUUCAUGCUGCAGGACCGAGCCAAAGGGCUCCUGGGGACAUCGGUGUCAUUUGAGGACUUGAUGGGGAUCCUUUCCAAGAGUGUGUUGGAGAUUGAGCGGGCAGUUACGCAAAAUGGACCGAUGCCUCCGGACCCUGCCCAGCUCAGCAAGGCCCUGUCAAUCAUCCUGCACCUCAUUUGUCUUUUAGAGAAGGUGCCCUGUACCGCAGAGCAGGACCACUUCAAAAAGGAAACCAUCUAUAAAUUCCUGAAGCUCCAGCCGUGUGGUAAGAACGGCUACAGUCCACUACACUUGGCUGUCGACCGCAACACCACCUGUGUGGGCCGCUAUCCCGUCUGCAAGUUCCCCUCCCUCACAGUCGCCUCCAUCCUUCUUGAGUGUGGGGCAGAUGUGAACAGCCGCGAUGAAGAUGACAACAGCCCCCUUCACAUAGCCGCUUCCAAUGGCCACCCCGACAUCAUGAACCUGCUGAUAUCAUGCGGGACUCACUUUGACAGCACCAACGCCUUCCAACAAACGGCCUGCGACCUCCUGGACGAGAAGGAGCUGUCCAGAAAUAUAAUCCAGCCCAUAAACCACACCACGCUGCAGUGCCUGGCCGCCAGGGCCAUCGUCAAGCACAGCCUCGAUUACCACGGCAACAUCCCUGAGAAACUAGAGGCCUUCGUCUUGCUGCACAGAUAAUGAUUGUGGUGGAGUGGAGGGGAAUGGAUGGAUUAAAAGAGGAGGGGGUGUGAUCACAUCGAGUGGACUGGACAGGCCGAGGAGCAAUAUAGUUCAAGGCCUGACCCGCAAGGUGUUUUGACAAGCUGAAAGACACUAUUUUUUGGGGUUAUGUUUGCAAAUACAAGCUGUUUGGAGAGUAAGAACUUGAAGAUUUGUGUGAACAAAAAUAUCCACGUUCAACUAGAAGAAACUGAAAAAUGAUGGGAGCGAAUGGAGGAAUGUGUUCCUUCUUUCUUCCUCGGUUUGUUCCUUCAUGGAGCCAAAAGCUCUGACUGGUCGCAGCCUGAUCCGUGCGGAUGUAUUUCCAAUGCAACAUGGACAAACGGUUGUAUCUCUGGAUGAACUGAGCAAGGGGUUUAUGUAUUUUUGCUUUAGACAAAUUUGAUAUUUUUUUUUUUGCAUAUUCCACUAUGCUAUUUAUUGAAUAACACUUGAGAGAUUUUUCUCCAUGCUGGCUCCAACCCAGCGUCAACUUUGCCUGCUUCUCUCUUCUCAAAGUAAGGAUUGAGGCAUUUCUUCAUAUGCUGGGACUUCAGGUUAUUUUUUUUUGUUCGUCCCCGUCACUGUUGCCAACAGUCAUGGACCCUUCCUCAGUCAUCAUUAUUAGUUUUUUUUUUUUUUUUUGUUUUGUUUAUUUUGUACUUUUUACAAAACAGUCAUCGUCAUGCAACUCUGGAUAUCUGCCAAGUGGUGUGGAUUCUAGACUCCUUUGUGGUUCCCACAUAAGUGUAUAACAAAGCUUUACGAGAGGGGUUAAUGUCUGCGAACACCAUAAGUGCUUUAUUCUUCCUAUGCACAGGCUAGGCUGUUGGAAAGAGAGACUGUUGUAUUCUGUGCCGGCACUUGUCUGUGCAAUAUCUCAUGAGUUUUUGUGUUUACCUCAUUGCUGCCGUUUCCUCCAGUAUCCCCUUACUUCACCCAGAGAAGGAAGGGGGGGUGCAAAAAACCAUUGUACUGAUUGUUGUAAGAAGAGAGAAUGAAUUUGAGUGAUUGUGAAUGUUUGUGUGUGUGUGUGUGUGUGAGUGCGACGCAGUGUGUUUCUUGUAUGCUGAGUGUUUUUGGAGCUUACACAAAAUAUUGGGGACAAGAGUUUGGCGACGUGGCACUCAUGGAGAUUCCACAAUGCACAUGACUGCCACUAGAAAUCACAGCGGCCAAACUCUGUCUACAACCGCUGGAGUGUGCAGGCUUGUACACAGAAGUGACCUCUUAACGUUCAUACAUGGCCGCAAUUUGAAUGCCGUCGUUCUUUUUAAUAGUCAUGAUCAAAAAGAAAGAAAUAUAUAGGUAGGUUACCAACAUUGGCCCACUGUGCAUGUGCAGCAGCAGCAUAUCAACCAACCAAUCACUGCAGAAAACCUUUCAUGAGAACUCCUAGACUCCAAACUAGACCACAGCUAGGAUAGUUCCGCUCAUUUUGUACAACCAUCGUCCAAUUGUAUGAGAACAGAAACGAAUUGCAGGACGUACAAGUCAAGUCUCAACGUACAGAAUAGUAAAGCUUUGUGAAUUAUCUUGUUUGCACAUUAGCUUUAGAUGUGUGGGUUGAAAAAAAGGGCUUUUCAUAACUCAUAGGAUUUCAUAUUGCAGACUAUUUAACCUGACAGUUUGAAACCAGACAUGGAAGAUGUAUGAGGACUCCCAGGGCAACUUGAUUUGAAUCUGCACUUUAUUACAGCGGAGUUUAAGAUUUGAUAUGGCAUUAAUCAAGUUCAUGUCUUAAUAACCAGUUUGACAAUAAACCCAUGUUGC